ACAAAUCCAUCUCCAUUAUCCAGGAUGUACUGAAAUGUAUGCUUUAGGAAAUGUAAGAGUUACUCAACUAUGAUAAGAAUUCGUUCUCUGCGGACUUGUUACAAUGGAUUAGCAGUGCACUUAGCCAACAAAGGACAGCAGAAGAAAGUUUGCAGUCGGGGCUUGUCAGGAGAUAAGCCCCGUUUUAGGACGGCAGAACCAAACUUCUUCGGCUGGCAGGAGCAGAUAAGGGAGGAUUUCCGUAAAAAGGCUGAGGAAAAGGGAUUGACGAAGUUUGAUGAGAGAGCGUAUAACGAGAGCGUAAAGUUAACACUGGCACAGGAUGAUGGAUCUGGCACCGAGAAAGAAAGAAAGACAAUGAUACUGAAGUCAGCAAUACAGCUGUACAACGAGCGCCAGCCCCGUCUCCGACAAGACCACCCUCAGUUCGUUAACUGGUGCAUUCUCCGCAUGUUCGAGUUCGACAUAGUGGACGAUAUUGAGUUAUACGAGUUACUAUUCGAAGUGUAUCCCCCGCACAUGUACCACACAUACGGGUUUAUAGCUAGCUAUCUUCCUAAACCCAGUGCAGGGUUCUACACUGCAGUGGACCUUGUAACCAUCGGACGGCAACGCAAGGUUAAACCUAGCUACAAACUGUAUUAUAAUGUGGUUAAAGCGUUUGGGGAAAGACACACUAUCACUAAGGAGGUACGGCGGUGGGCGUGGUUUCACUAUGUCUUCAAACAUUCCAACCCUUAUCCAAUGCCUGACGGCUCCUACGAGUUCUCCGAGCUUGCUUUAAAACACCAGGAAAUGGCGGAGUAUAUCGCAGAUAGAACAAUGGAUCAGAGAUGUAAAUUCAAACCACUGAAAGACAGUUUAGGAGAGUACGUGGGUCACUCUGUAAUGUCGAGAACACAGGAGGACUUGUCUUUGUUGCAGGUGCCGGAUGAUAACAUGAGGAUUACAGGACCUCACUCUGUCUGGGUGGGCAGGGUUCAGAGGUGGUAUUGGGUGUUGAGGCGCGAGGAGCGCGGGGAUGAGUUUGAGGGAGCUCCUCUCGGUAUAUUUGUAUCUCCUUUCAAGGAGAUGUCAAAAGAAGGAGCUGGAAUAUGGUUAGAAGACUGCAGACAGAGAUAUAAGGGGAUCGCUGGCUCUAAUAUAUUGUUCGAUGUUCCUGAUGAAAGUUUGUACAUCGAUGCUGAAGAACAUUUCAAAGAACGUGUGUCACUGUUUUCCGAUGGAAUAGAGGAAGUUCACAUCCAUGAUUCAAUUCUUCCUGAUGUUGUGGACGAAAAAAGAAAAAAUCUUGUGAAAAAACUUUCGUCAUCUAAAGAUAUUAAAUUUGUUAGAGAUAGAGACGCCCACGACAAAGACGAUGAAUGGUGACGAAAUUUCUCAAAUCUAGUUCUGAAAUCUAGCCUUUAAUUUAAGUUAUAUUUUUUACUCUUUUUAUUUGAGAUCCUCACUUUCAAGUUUUAGUUGUGGUUUAUCGACGCUGCUGUUUUCCAUUAUUUAUUAACACCCUACGACUGGAAAUCUUUACUAUGAAACUGUUCGAAUAAAGAUAGCUCUACGUGAAAAUUUUACUUUGAAGAUGUAUCAUGCCUUGAUUUCCGAUUUAAAAUCACACAAUCGGAUAGGAUAUUGAAUUACUGUCCCCAAGCCCCACCUCUACCAACAUAGCAACCUG